AUGGCCAAUCACAAAGCUGUAUUUCGAGGUGUGGACCUGCAGUGCAAAGUGAAUAACCGUGCCCACCACACAGAAGAAAUAGGCACCGAGCGGCUGGUUGUGCGUCGUGGACAGCCCUUCUCUAUGCUCCUGCAAUGUGAAGAUUCCCCUCCACUGCCUCCAAACCACCAGCUCAAUCUGGUCCUCAACCUCGGUGCACGGGGGGAGGUGAUUCUGAGGGUGUCAGGUUCAAGAGCAGCUCAUGGUAAAUGGUGGUUCAGUCAGCAGGCUGCUCAGAAUGAGGUACUGCUGAGGGUCCAUAGCCCUGCCGAUGCCCCUGUGGGUCGGUACAGCGCUACUGUGCUCUUGCUCUCUUCUGAAGGACACAUCAUAGAACAGAGCUCGUCUCAUUCCUUUUUCCUGCUCUUCAACCCCUGGACUAAAGCCGACUCUGUGUAUUUGCCUGAUGAAGAGCUUUUGUGGGAGUACAUCCUGAAUGAGAAUGGCAUCCUGUACCAGGGCUCAUGGGACCAAAUCACCACUCUGCCCUGGAACUUUGGACAGUUUGAAAAAGGUAUGAUGGAUAUCUGUUUUGAAGUACUGGAUAACUCCCCUGCUGCCUUGAAAAACUCUGAGAUGGAUAUCAAGAAGAGAGCAGAUCCUGUUUACGUUAGUAGGACAAUUACUGCAAUGGUAAAUGCCAACGAUGACCGUGGAGUGAUAUUCGGGCGCUGGGAUGGAGAGUACAGUGAUGGUGUGGCCCCUACAAGGUGGACCGGCAGUGUUCCCAUCCUGAGACGCUGGAGUGAGGGAGGGGCUCAACGGGUGCGCUAUGGCCAGUGUUGGGUUUUCUCUGCUGUAGCCUGCACAAUUCUUCGCUGUUUGGGCAUUCCAACCCGAUGUGUCACAAAUUACAGCUCAGCCCAUGACACCAAUGGUAACAUCAAAGUGGAUUGCCUGUUUAAUGAGCAGCUGGAGCGUGUAUCUGAGGGCAGGAAUGACACAAUCUGGAAUUUCCAUUGUUGGGUGGAGUCCUGGAUGAGCAGAGAGGAUCUCCCAGAAGGUUAUGAUGGAUGGCAAGUACUUGACCCAACCCCACAGGAAAGGAGUGAUGGUAUAUAUUGUUGUGGGCCAUGUCCAGUGAAGGCGGUGAGAGAGGGCGAGGUGUGGAUGAAAUAUGAUGCACCAUUUGUGUUUUCGGAGGUAAACGCAGACAUGGUCUACUGGAUAGUUCAUCCAGAUGGGAAGAGAACACAACUGUCAGUGAAUCACAUGACUGUUGGAAGAAACAUCAGCACUAAAAGUGUAUAUGGAGACUACAGGGAAGACAUCACUACCAACUACAAAUACCCUGAAGGUUCCAUAAUGGAGCGAAAGGUCUAUGAAAAGGCAGGGAAACACGUGAUGAGACAAAAUGGACAGCCUGGCAAGCUGGAGCUGUCUAUAAAGCAUGCCCAAGCCAUUCACGGAACAGACUUUGAUGUAAUUGUGGAGGUGCAUAAUGUUGGAGGAGAAGACAUGCCUGCUCAGCUCACAGUCACAUCUAAUGCUGUCACAUACAACAGUUUCCAUCGGGGAGAGUGUCAGAGGAAGACUGCCAAGCUCACAGUGCCAGCACAGAAAGCUCAUAAAGAAGUGAUGAGGCUUCAGUAUGAUCAUUAUGGAGCAUGUGUAUCAGAGCAUCACCUGAUCAGAGUCACAGCACUCCUCCAAACCAGCAGUGAGCAAAAUGCUAUCCUGCAAGAAGUUAACAUCCCCUUAAAAAUGCCCAAGCUCCAUAUCAAGCUGAUUGGAGAAGCAGUGGUAUCACGUAAGCUGACAGCACUCAUCUCCUUCACAAACCCACUGCCUAUCACCUUGACUAGAGGAGUGUUUACAGUGGAGGGAGCAGGGCUAACAGGAGCACAGGAGAUCCAGGCUCCUGGUAAUAUUGGACCUGGCCAGGAUAUUGUAGUGAAAUUCUUCUUUAAACCCAUUCGAGCUGGCCUGAGGAAGUUGCUGGUUGACUUUGACUCCGACAGACUGAAAGACGUCAAGGGUGAAGCUACUAUCAUUGUUCAGAAGAAAAGAUAUCACAAUGCUUAA